AAGGUAAACAAGCGUGCUAGUGGCGAUAACCAGGUUGUCACCUACGUAGAUCCUGUCGUAUUUCAGGACAGCGCAAUAAAGUGCAACUUUUGGCAAAGUCAUAUGUGGUCAGUGGACUCUAAUCCUUUUUUUCAAUGAUUAUGAAAGCGACAAUUAUUCACCGACAGCUGCAGAUGAAGUUAUUGAAUGGGUUUGGGCUACGCUCACUCAUGAUGAGAAAAUCAUGUCAUGAUAUCAAAGAGAUAAGUCUAAUAAUGCCAGGUAUUUUCUAGUUUCUUCCCGUAGAGAUAGAAUGGUUUCAUAAGGAAGACUAACAAGACUUGAUAAAAAUGUGUACGCUAACCAAAUUCUAUGAGAUGUGUGAUAUUGUGCUUAGCCCUUAGAAGACUGGAAGUGAAGCAAAAUGUCUCUCUUCCAUAUGCAUCUGUUCAUAAUAAACCGGUACAAUAUCUCGCACAUAAACAUGAAAUUAUUAAGGGUAUCUUAGAAAAGAGAGAGAGAGAAAUAUCCAUUUGGUGUUCGUCUGAGGUGGUGGUAUUUUUUCCUCGCGAGAAGAAUUGUGUUAGAAUAGCAGGCAGCGGAGACAAUCUUCGUUAAAACCCUUUCAACAUGGAGAUGCCAGAUGAGGAAGGCCCCGCCUACGGUGGCCAGGACACUGAGGAAGAAGAGGAAGAGGAAGAGGAGGAGGAGGAGUUCGACGAGGAAGCUCAUCGAGCUGCCCAGGAAGCUGCUCUCGAGGCGGAGUUACUGGCGGAGGCCCUAGAAGUCAUUGAAACCAUCACGUGCCUGCCGGACAAAAAACACCUCGCAUGGACUCCUCACCACUACUCUCUGGCAACUUCAUUCCUCAGGGAGGAAAAAGAACGGCUUCUUUGCUGCUAUGUCGUGAGGAGCGCCCACAGAUCUCGCCUGGCCGUGACGCUAAGCCUACCUGCUGUGGGCGUAGGCCUAGUUUGGUAUUUUUUGAAACUGGACGUGGAAGUCAAGAUCACGGCCAAGAAUUUCAAGAAAUGUGUUAGCUACGGCUCGCUGGAGACCAGCGACCCGGUGGCAGUCCAGCACUUCCUUCUGGAGAUCUACCACCCGGUCUUCCUGUGCACGCCCUCGAAGCCUCCUGCCAGGGAACAUUACAAUUCCCUAACGGAUCUCCCCCGACUGCUCAACCUCUUAGGAGCGCAGCUGGUGUACCACGUCGGCAAUGCUAAGGGCUGUCCGCUCCUGUUCAUCCCCGGAGAUGUUGUGGCGCUGCCUGACGACUACGAGCAGAUGAAGGCUUUGCCCCUCGACGUGGCGUUCCUCAGCAGGACCGAAGAGCUGGUAUUGCACUGGGUGGAGCAGAUCCACGCCUUCAUCUUCGAACAAGGGGAGGCCUCCUCCCCCCUGGAACUGGGCCUUCUUCACGAGAUCAGACAACUCUCCAGUAAGGGGGCGGCUCUGGAGGAACUCACGGCCAUCGUCAACACCUCCGGAGUUCGGAAAGUCACGGCUUAUGUGGAAUCCCAGAAUUCUCCGGUCGUCAUCCUCCUGAAGGAGGCGCUGGAUAAUCUCGAGAUGUCUCAGAAGCGGUUACGAGAGACAGGCGGUCAGCUGUCCCACAUGGAACACCUCCUGGACCUUCUGUACUCAGACACUGUCCAGGCUCUGACAGAACACAUGUACGAUGUCUUGGCUCUCCUCAGGAUCAUCUGGACUCACUCCGAGUAUUACCACAAGCCCGAGGUCAUGGCGGAAAUCUGCAUCCGGGUGUCGUGGGAGGUCACAAGGGCGUGCCAGGUGCACCUGCCCCUCGACCAGCUCCUCUCUCACGACUUCACCAACGUCCGGGCGAAGACGCCCCCCUCGUCGAGGUCGGCCUCGGACACGGAGGAAUCGAAGAGCGAGGGCAAGGACUCCCUGGCCUUAGUCGAAGUGGCCAUCAAGUGUUGCAACGACUGGAGGAACUGCUACACUGAGCUGGCCUCCCAUUUCGGGGAGCAGGACUGGCCGGAAGUGUGGCUGCCCGAAAACGCCGCCGUCUUCCUGCCAGUGGAGCUCUUCGCCUCCCGGUGCGAGGACCUGAAGUACAUAGGCCUAAGCAAACAGCAGCUCACCAGACACGGUGAGAGUGGUUCGAUGUCAGUCAAAGCCUCAGGUGCUGGUGAUGGUGGCGCCGAGGGCGAAUUGCUCGAGGAAGAGCUGGCUCAAGUUGAUCGAGUGCUGGAGGACGCCCUCAAAGCCAUCUCCCGGAGGAGCCACCUCGUUUUCAACCUCACUUCGAAGGAGUGGCUGAGGCACUUUGACAAAUUUCGUGAAAGUAUGGAAGAGGUGGAGCGCAGGUACCAGUGUGUCAUGGUGGCUGCCGUCCAGACGGUGGAAACGGUGGCCCAGGGUCUACGCGUUCUGAACGUGUUCAAACCACUCGCUGCCAGGAAGUCGCUCUUCUCCGUGUUCUACGUCAUGAUCGACCACAUUCUGAAUCUCUUCGACCGCGACUUCGAGGAGGUGGAGAAGGAGUACGUCUUCAGGUCUAUGAAAGUCGGCAACGUUGGCUUCUACUUCUCCAAGAUGGCCAAGUGGGCCAAUGACACUCGAAGGAAAUUGGAGCAGGAAGUCAACCUUCUGAAGAACCAGUCUUGGCUUCCGUACUACCCGAGGUUAGACAGCAUCUACCUCAGAUGGAGCCGAACGGCAGCUCUGCUUCGAGGCGUUGUCACCAACAUGUACGCUGCCUGGAAUGCUCAUCUGGAACCUCAUCCUGCGAAGCGCCUCCUUGAGCCGAUCUUCAGGUGGAAACCUGGGCCUGUACAGAAUCUCCAAGACAACUUUGACAAGCAACUUUACAAGAAUUUGGAAGAAGCAAGAGCAUGGAAGGCCAUGGGUUUUGAUGUCCCUGAUGGCAUGACUAGUGUGUUCAACGAUAGUGAACGUCUCUUGAAACUCAAGAAGCAGAUCGCUGAAUGUACAGACGACUUCAACAAGCUCAUGUCAAGAUUAUCAAGAGACGAAGCCCAGAUGUUCGAAGGGCAGAUUCAGAUGAUCAUCAAGAACUUCUUCCCAGGUCUCUCUUUCAUCAACUGGACGCAGCAAGACCAAUGUUCUCUUCUUCUUGCGAAGUGUAAAACGAUUGUCAAAACCAUCCAGGACCAGGUGACUCAUUACCUCGACAUCAAUCAGGCUAUUGCCAACGACAUGGAUAAAAUCAAGGACUGCAUCCUGUAUUAUAAGGAGGAUGAAGAUGUCUACAUAGGCGAUGCUUUCAUUAAGGACAUUGUAAACCAAAGGGAGGCCACCCUCGGGAGCGUUAUUGGUGCCUUCUUGAGCAUGGAGGAGGAGCUCGAGUCUCUACAUAGUCAGCUCAUCAACAAGAGUGUCAGGAGGGCCCAGGAUGCCUGGAUCGCCUAUAUUCAGAGGCUAGAUCAGAUGUUCCUUGAAUGUCAGAGAGAAAUACUAAGGAAGUCUCUACUGACUUUUGAGGGCAUGUUGAUGGGAUCUAGAAGCUGCCCCAUGGACCAGCUUCCUCCUGUUUUCCAGAUUUCUACUUCUCUUAAGGAAAAGAAUAUUGUUUGCAAUCCGUCAGUCUUUGCCGUGUUAAACGUAGUGACAUCUCUAUCAAAGGAUUUUGCUAAAAGCCUCAGCAAAGUACCCUGCUUGCUCAGAAAAUUCGCAGCUGACAAAUCAAAGGACCAUAAUCACACUCUUUGUUUGAAAGAUGAAUUGUGUGAUAAGUUACAGAAUAAACUAGCUGAGGAGUUUCAAAUCCAAGUUGAUAUGUUGAAGGUAAAGCUGGAAGAAUGGCAGAUCUACAGAGAUGUCUGGGAAAUUGAUAGAAAGAAAUUCUUUGAGGAGUACUUGAAAAAGGCAAACAGUGUUGAAGUAUUCGAAACAGAUAUCAUAUCAUUCCAGAAUAAGCUGAGUGAAAUUGAGAGCAAAGAUGAAUUCAUAAAAGUAGGCACAUUCAGUGUUGAUUGCAAGAAACUGAAGAAACAGAUUAUAACACUUUGUAAGUCAUGGGUACAAGAGUUUGAGGACAAUCUCUUCAAGAUUGCUUCUGACAGACUUACUGCUCUGUAUCAGUAUAGUGAGAGAACAAAAUCACUAUUAGAGAGCAAUCCUGAGGAUAUACCUUCUCUCUUAUCCUCAGCUGAGGAGUGUGACAAAGCAAGACAGCAGUUGGAGUUGUAUGAGAAGGAAUUCCAGCCUGUGCGGGAACAGUUCACUGUUUUGAAACAGUAUCAUUACUCUGUCCCCUGUGAUAUUGAUAACCGUCUGGCUGACCUUGAAAGUGAGUGGAGCAAAGUAGAGGGAGCUUUAACUAAUAAGAUAUUAGAUCUGAAUUCUGUUCUUGAUGGCUACCGAAAAAAGUACAGUGACCGUGCAGAAAUAAUUUUGGAAGAAGUGGAAGAGCUGAGGCAUAGUUUCCAUCAAAAUCUACCUGUACGAGCAGAUAAAAGAUUCGAAGAGGCCAAAGAAGCCAUAGAUAAGCUACAAAAGAUGACAGAGGAAGUGGAAGCCAAGAUGGAUAUCAAUGAGUAUUUAGGGAUGUUGUCUAUGCCCUUAGUUGACUUUGAUGAAUUACCAGCCUUCAAACAUGAUCUUAUUGCAGCGGAAAAGAUUUGGUGUUUAUUGAAAGAGUGGCAGAAUACUUGGGAAUCAUGGGCUAAUAUAGUAGUCUGGGAAGUGAGUGUUGUUACUCUACAGGAAACUUUAUCCGUUUACGGACAUAAAAUCAGAAAUAUAAAGUCAUAUGCUGUUCUGGAGUCAGAUGAUCCAACAAAAGCAGGAGAACUAACUUGGGAGAUAAAUGAAGAAGUUCUUAGCCAUAUUGAAUUGUGCAAACUACUGGUUCCACUGACUCUAAACUUACAGAAUGCCACCUUAAAACCACAUCACUGGUCAAGAAUCCAGUUGAUAGUAAAGACAGAGUUUGAUAAAGAUUCAGAAGACUUUACUCUUGGUUACCUACAGAAGAUUAACUUAACUUCUUAUGAGAAAGAAAUCACUGAAAUUCUAGUUGAUGCUUCUGAGGAAACUAAAAUAGUUGCCGAUAUUCACGAAAUAGAAAUCCUUGCCUCUCAGAUUACUGUAAACUUGAAGACCAUUGUGUCAAUGGGCAUAUCAGUUAUUCAGUCAACCAGUGAGGCUAAUUCUACCAUUGUUGAAUUGAAUACAAGACUACAGACUGUUUCAGCUUCAUUUCAUGCUAAACCAUACUUAGAGGAAAUAGAUAAUAUCCAGUCAACGCUGUCAUCAAUGAUCUCGUUUCUGGAGGGAGUCGAGGAAUUGCAGAGAAAGUGGGCUACUCUAGAACCCUUCUUUCAUGUGGCAGAUGUGAGAUAUCAUAUGGUCAAUGCCACUGCUCUCUUUGACUCACUUGACGAGAGAUGGCGUACCUUAACAUCGACAAUGGUUUCUGAGCAUUUUCUUCAGCCCAUUGUAGCGCAGCAAGAUCUGCUUGAAGAAGUUUCUUUGGUGUCAAAGGGGUUUGAUGACAUUCCUAGUCAUAUUCAGCCCUAUUUGCAAGAUCGAAGAGAGCAAUAUUUUCGUUUGUGGCUGCUUUCUGAUGAUGAUCUCAUGGCUGCAGUGUCUACUCUUCUUGAUGGUGAAUUUGCAAAGCCUUUUCUACCAAAACUUUUCACAAAUGUUGCCAAGAUAAAACAAGAAAAGAAUAGCCAAAUUGGAGCAAUGGAAAUCAUAGGCGUUUUUUCAAAAGAAGGUGAAUUUUUGGAGCUUAAUUCUUAUGUUCCCAUAUUAGGACCGUUUGAUACGUGGCUCCAAAAUCUAUCAGCUGCCAUUGAAGCAACAUUAAAGGAAAACACAAAGCAAUGUAGAAACAGUAUAAAAACAGUUGGGAUCAGACUUGAUGAAAUUUUGAAAUUAUGGCCUCUGCAGGUUGCAUCAUUAGCUUUUAUGACUAAUUGGACAACAGAGAUGAGCCGGGCAUUAGCCAAGUUCAAAGGUCAUAUGAAUGCAGAGCAGUUACAGCCUUUUAAGAAAAGAAUUAAAGAUUCACAGCAGAGGUUGGAUGGGUGUUUGCAAGGAAAUUUAUCAAAACUCAUACGUGAGAAGUUUCGUUUAUUCUACAUGAAUCUUCUUCAAGUAAGAGACUUCUUAAAUGACAUAUCUGAGAGCCGUAAAGGUUUUACAAAUGAGAGCGAGAUGAUGAUCUGGCACACAGUAGAAAAAGACACAGACAAUCUUCUGGUUCAUUUCGGGACAUCAGAGAUGAUGUACUCUUGGGAAUAUCAAGGUUUAUGGUCAUUUGGUGUUAUGACUCCCUCUUUGCUGCAGUCUCUUACCGAUAUAGCCAAAGUUUUGAACAAGGGUGCAUCAGCAGGCGUCUUUGGCGUGAGUGGCUGUGGCAAGACUGAGUCUGUUAAAAUGAUGGCACACUUGCUUGGGCGUCAUCUAGUGACGAUCUCUUGUACCGCUUCGUUAACUUCAUCUUUGCUUGUUCGAUCAUUACUUGGCACUUGCUCAUCACACAGCUGGCUGUUUUUGGAAAAUGCUAAUAGGUUGGAUGCUGCUGUGGUGCCUGUCUUGGGCGAGGUGAUACAAGUGAUACAGAAUGUCCAGAAGAGCACAUCUGCAGCAAUGGCUAUCAAGACCCCAGCAAAAACGACAAAACUGCAGCAGCAGCCUAUUAAGUUGCUAGAAGGAGUUCAGGUGUCAGUGUCUCCACUCUCUGCAGUCUUGAUGGAACUGGAUACUAGACAGGCCUCUUCUCGGGACAUAAUGGACACCCUCAGAGAGACUUUCAAGCCAGCUCUGAUAUUCACUCCGAACUUGCAGGUAAUAACGGAAUGCUUCAUGCUGGUCGAAGGGUUCAAGGAAUACAAGGUGCUGUCGCAAAAACUGAGCCACGCCCUCCAGACCCUUUCAACCUCCUUGCCACAAGUUCACAAGAGGCAACUUGAAAUCAAGGGAGCUGCUGGUGUGGUUGCUAUUGCCAAGGACGUCAUGAAGAGGCAACCGGAAAUUGAUGAGAUAGAUACCGUCCCAGUUGCUCUGAAGGAAUAUAUUACUCCGCAACUGCAGAGUAGUGACAUUCCAAUCUUCCAAGAGGUCUUCGAACAGCUAUUCCCCGAUUUUGAUGCUGCGCCCUAUGUCAAUGAUACACUGAGGGACACACUUGUAAAAAUGAUGGAGGAAAACAACUUGAUUUUGAAAGACUGUUAUAUCGAUAAAAUCCUACAGCUGCAUGAUGUUAUUGCCAAAAAUCAGAAAGUCAUUCUUUACGGGAGUUCCAAAUCUGGAAAAUCAACGUCUCUGAGAAUGCUGGAGAGUGCCUACAAUACUUUGAACAAGCAAGGAAAUCCAAAUUAUAAAUCUACAAAAAUAGAAGUUCUCAAUCCUCUGGCUGUGGAACAGGAUAAUUUCUACGGGCCAUUUAAAGACAUUGUAGGUAAAGCAGAAGAAGGAUAUUUUCCCCACAUGAUAAGAAAGUAUCUUAGAUCUAACUUGCCUGUCGAAUACUGGAUAGUUCUAGAAGGACCUACAAAACACCGUUGGCUGAAAGACCUGUUUCUGCACUUCCAUCCAACAGACAAUAGCUUCCUCAGUGGGAGUUCCCAGAGAACCUCAGUGCCACCCAACAUGAGAUUCAUUGUUGAAAUUUCUGGGGACAUAUCUCAACUUUCUCCUUUUGAGCUUACUCAGUGUUACAGCGUCUACUUUCAGCAGCAGCCCAAUCUUUGGGAAGACAUCAUACAAAGCUGGUUGGGUACAAUUACCAAUGACUGGAUUUCACGGGCCUUGCAGACUCUCAUAAAGAAAAACCUUCCAAGUUUUAUCAAAAUGCUGAAGCCAGAUACAGUAACAAAGCCAAGCAUGGUUAUGAAGGCUAAAGCUUUUGUUGCAAUUUUGCGUUCACUCUUGGAUACUGACUUGGUGGAAGAUGACACUGAUGACUGGGUGGCAAAACUUACUCCAGCAUUUAUCUUUAGCAUUAUCUGGUCUUUCGGAGCUAACAUCUCCCCUGCGGAGGCUGACGAAUUCAAAGAGGUCGUCACGAGGAUGAUUGAAAAUGUCCCUGAGGGUAGUAUAUAUGAUUAUUAUGUUGACACUAGUACUGGUCAUUUUACUCCUUGGUGGAAAACUGCCACUGAGUUAGGGCAUUUGGUCCUGACUAAUCCUCUUCUUAAAACGAACAUCAUUUUCACUGACAGGAUACUCAAAUAUUCUAAAGUGGCACAAUUACUGCUGAACCAAGGAAUCCCAGUUCUUUUGAAAGGUGAGCCAGGAUCUGGGAAAUCGACCAUACUGAGUGUUUUAAAACAAACUUCGGAUGAGUUCAGACAUGCCGUGUUUGACAGUUACACGGCCUCUACAAAACCAAAAGAUAUUCAAGACACUGUCAUGAAAAACCUUAGCAAACAUGGGAAGGACAUACUUGCUAGUAGGAAGUCAAAGGUUCAUUUUUUGAUGGAUGACCUUCAGUGUAACAAUGAUGAAAUGAGCUUGCAAGAAAUACUUGAAACUGUUAGAUUUACUGAAAAUCAAAGAAAAAUAUAUUGUCACGAUUCAAAAUCUUUCCUAAUGAUUCCCGAAAUAUGUUAUCUCUUUACCUAUCAGACGAAAGAAAGUGAUAAGGCAAAUGAAAAAUCCCAAAUCUUAAGUGAAAAUGUGGAGAUCUAUUGGUCAGAGGUAUUUCAUAUGUUAACACUUCCACCUUGCCAGAAGAAUGAGUUGGAAAUCAUAUUCGGUGGAUUAUUUGAUCAAAUGCUCGGUCAUUUUGAGCAAGAUGUGAAGUGCAUGAAGUCUGUCAUAGCCGAAGGGAUAGUCCACCUUUAUGAGCGAAUGGGAGAAAUGACUAAAGCAAGAUUAGCCGAUCAUCUUUCCCUGCUCCAUCACCCUCGACAAAUAGUAUCUGUUUUGAAAGGGCUUCAGUUGGCUGAUGUGGAGACACAAGACAGGGAUAAUUUCCUGAAGCAUCUUUCUCAUGAAUGUUACAGAGUAUUUCAAGAUUCAGGAAUACUUACUCAAAAUGAAUUUGACAAGCUUCUGAGCGACGUUUUAACAGAAUAUCUGUGCGUAGAGCUUGAUUCCGUACGUCCAAAAGGGGAGAUAUUUUUACUCACAAGACUUGGAAAUGAAGAAGAGCUUUACACUGAUGCAUCUGUAGAGGAAAUUAAUUCCAUAUUACUCAAAAGAGGCCAUGAAUUCAUGGGUCAGAACCAAAACUUUGCUCUGCAUGAUAGUCUUCUUCACCAUGCCGUCCAUUUAGCAAGGGUUAUUGGAGGUUUAGAUUUAAAAACACAGUCAGCUGUCCAGAGGUCUUCGACAGUCUUAGAUAACAUAGGAGGUCAUUUGGUUUUAGUUGGCCCUGAAGGUUGUGGUAAAAAGACAUGUGCACGAUUAGUGGCCAUGAUAGCAGGUUAUAAGAUUCAUGAUAUAAUAGGCACUGCAACAGAGCCUCAAGAGAAGACAGUGAAGAUCCUAGAAGAUUUACGUAUGGCUAUCCCUGUCCUUGUAGUUAUAGACUGGAAUAUUUUGGAGAGCUUAGAAAAUAUAUCCUUCUUAAAUUCUAUACUUGUUGACGAGCUGAAUAAUGAAAAGACUUCAGGCCAGGAGACUAAUAUAAGAAUAAUGAUGUCUGUUCCUUCAAUGAAGGAAGCCUAUGAAAUCUUCAGAUACAUUCCAGCUGCUUCUUGUUUCUUCACAGUUGAUUACUUUCAGGAAUGGAAUACCCAUGAACUUCAGUCAAUAGCAAAACAAAUACUUUCAGAAACUCUUGGUAAAUCACUGUCAGAUAUAAAGACUCAGUGUGUUUCAGAAAUAAUGGCUUACAUACACAGUCAGAUUUCAGAUAGAGAAUGGAACCCAUCAGCAAGGUUUCUAGAGUUCCUCAAGCUGGUUCUGGUAGUUCAUAAUAAGCUUCAUGAUAACAUAGUUGGAGAAAAAGAAAAACUGAAGGUUAGUAUUCAGAAGUUUGAGGAAACUCAGAGAAGAGUCACAGAGCUUUCACGACAGUUAGAGGAACAAAGGGCUCAGGUUACUUAUAUCCAACAGUCAUGUGGAAGUGUUGUUUUGAAAAUGAGGAACAUCAAAUCUGAACAGGGCAGGCUGCAAAAAGAUCUAAACAAAAAUGCAGCCUUGCUGAAGAGGCAAAAGGAUGAGGCACAGAGAAUUAGAGAGCUCAUUAACCGAGACCUGACAGCCCCAAAAUUAGAAAUGAAAGCCAUUCAUCGAAAGCUGGACAGGAUAACCAAGGCAGAGUUAGAAGGCUUAAAGGGGCUGGGUAGACCCUCACAAGGCGUUGAACUUAUUUUUGAUGCUGUGUUGACUACACUUGGUUUAGACCCGUCGUGGAAUGAGGCAAAGAAACAAAUGGCGAAUGGCCUGAACUUUAUCUCAUCGAUUAGGAAAAUUCCUGUUGAAGAAACAGAUGAAAAGGUUUUAGCUAGAAUCCAGUCUUAUCUGAAAAUGGAAGAACUGGAUUCAGAACAAAUAACAGAAGAAUCCUACACUGCAGCAACGUUCCUGAAUUGGCUGAACACAUUUGAGAAAUAUGUUAGGGUUUACAAGGAUUACCAUCCACUAAAGGUUCAGGCAGACAUCAUUGCAAGAGACAUAGACGCAACAGAAGAAGUCAUUGCCAAGUAUGAGGAAGAUCUCUCUGGUUUUGGAAUGGAGCAUGAGGUUCUCAUGGCCCAGCUGAAGGAAAAAGAGCAACAUUUAGAGGUAGCAGAAGAGGAGAUGAAAGUAUUAGAGGGAAGGAUACAACUUGCGCAAAAGGUUAUGUCUCAGCUGGGCGAAGAUAAGAUCCAGUGGGAGGAGGCAUUAUCCCACUGCAGCGUAAAGCUUAGAAAUAUAUUUGGCGACGCAGUUUUAGCAGCAGCCUACGUGACUUAUAUGGGGAAUUUCCUACACUGUGAAAGACAGGGUGUUAUGAAAGACUGGCAAAAGAAAAUGGAUGAGCUUUGCAUUUUUCACACAGAGGAUAAAGAUGUCAUGGAUGUUUUGGCUCCUCUUGAGCUGCAGGUGAGAUGGCAUGAAGAAGGCUUGCCUCAUGAUACCUUUUCCCUUGAGAAUGCAGCCAUCAUUUACAACUCCAACCUUCCACAGUUAAUUCUUGACCCACAUUCAUUCAUGGAAAGCUGGAUUCGCAAUUGGGGAAAUGUAACGGAAAUAGACCUUGAUAAUGAUUACAUGCCUGUUAUGGAGCAAACCAUGGCAGAGGGUAAAACAGCUGUGCUUAUCCAGGAGGAACUAGAGCUUCCCAUGCCCAUUUUACAAAUUCUGGAAAUGGAAUGUGUCGUGCUGCCUAAUGAGAAUAAAUGUUUUUUGAAGGUUGGUGAAAAGUUGCUUCAGGUGCACCAGAAUUUUAGACUGAUCAUUAUCUUGCGAAGUCGGGAAGUCAACCUUAACAAUAACAUGAAGACUUUGGUAAACAUUGUCAAUAUGCAAAGUCAGCAGGAGGGUCUAAUGAAACUGCUGACAUUUCGAGCUGCUUCUCAUUGUCAGCCAGAUCUGUUUGAAUCCCUGAAGAAAAGCGAAUGGGAUCUGCUUGAGAAACAGAACUUGCUGGCGGAGCACGAAGCCACAAUACGUGAACUGAUGUCACGUUUUGACGACGAUGUUCUUGAGGAGAGCACAUUGAUGGAAAUGCUCCAGGCAACUUGUGGCAAAGCAACUGAAACUAAGAAGAGGUGUCACGACCUCAGGAGAAAUUUAGAUGUCGCAAGAGAAGGCAAUAAUACAUAUCGGAAAAUAUCAGGACUCCUGACAAGCUUGUACCUCCUUGUGGAACAUCUCCCUGAGAUCCAUCCUUCGUUGGUAAUGGGUGUCAAUGCGUUUAGUGAACUCAUCAUUGGUGAAAUGUCUCCACAGUCUUUUGCUAUACCUUGGGGUAGAAUGCUUGGCUCAAAUACAGUUAUGAAGAUGCUUCAGACAUUUUACAGGCACAUCCAGCAGCAAGUCAGCGACAUAACAGUUGUGACCAUUGGCUUGAUAUUAGCUACCUGGUAUGAGUGCCACAUUUCCCUCACUAAUCCCAAGUUUUGCUCUCUUCUGUACUCUUCACUCACUAAAGAAAAGGAUUCUGCCCCACAGCUUCUUAAGCCCGUCAGUAAAUCAAAACAUAGCUCUGAGGUAUCAAAACUGAUAUGCGAGCAAGAUUCGGAGAAAUCCCGGCCUGCAUGGCUCACUAAUGCCCAGUGGGCUCAGCUGUUAGAACUUUCUAAGAUCGAACCAUUCUCUGAUAUCAUAAACCAUAUAACAACUUACAAGGAUUUAUGGAGAGUCUGGUAUGUUACAGAGCAGCCAGAAACAGGAUCAUUCCCCAAAAGCUUAGACAAAAAAGUGAGAGGCGUUGCCAAACUUGUUCUCAUAAAUUGCCUUCGACCUGAUCGCUUAGAUGAAGCUGCUCUGCUCUAUGCUACAAGAGUUUUGAAACAAGAAACUACUUCAACCACUGCCAAGGCUCUUCUCUCAGUUGCUGCUAAAGGUAGUGUUACUGAGCCCAUCAUAUUAUACAGUUCAGCACCAUUAGAUGUGGAACAUCUACUGAGACAAAUCCAGCCACUUUGCCACCCUGUGUUAACGACUAAUCCAGAUGCUGUUAAUAUCUUAUCUCUUGGUCAAGGCAGGGAAAAGUAUCUUAAUCUAAUAAUGAGAAAAUGUGCUGAAAAAGGUUACUGGUUGCUCCUGAAGAAGAAUGAGGCUGAUCAAUCCUGCACAGAAUAUCUAAACAAAUUAUUAAAGGAGAAAUUCUUGAAUGAUGCUAAUAAAAGAUUCCAGAUAUGGUUGUAUAUGGACAGCGAUGACACCUUACCUGACAGCCUGAUGGCUUCCUGCCAUAAAGUUUACUUAGGCUUACCUACAACAGUCAAAGAAUCCAUCAUACAUCUUUAUGAACUCGCUGGAGAAAGUCGACUGGCAUCAUAUACAGGUGAAUGGAGCAAGUGGUGCCUGCUGAGUCUUGCUCUGUUUCACAUUGGCUUUGUAACACGGCAGUCUCUCGAGGAUAUGAGUACCCCUCUUGCUCAGACUCUUGGCGACCACCAGUGGGAAGAAGCAGAAAAUGUCCUCCGGACCCUAAUCACUGAAAACCUGGCACUUGAAAACAAUCUCCUUCCACUGUUGAUACCACAGUUGACUGAUAUAUAUAUAACUGGUGCACUAACAGAGAGCAGCUAUGAAAUUUUAUGUCAGCUUUUGCAGGUUUAUUUGUCACCUGAAGCUAUAAUGAAUGUUCCCGGAAGAGUCUCAGCACUUACACAUUACACAGUACCGAAGUCGCAUUCAAUGGAAGAUCAUCUGACCCAGCUAGGCUAUAUCUACCUGGCUCAGAAUGUCUCACUUACUUGCGUUGCCCCAACUCUUAUCUUUGAAAGUCAAAGAGAUGAAGCAAAGAGCAUAAAUAUUUCCAUAUAUAAAAUUAGUGACGAUAACAAACAAUUGCCAGCACUACAGAAAGAAGAUUGGGUCAAAUAUUUUGGUCUAAACAAAGUCAAGAAGAUGGCCUCAAAGAAUAUACAGGGCUCCCUUCAGUCAAUCAUAAAAAAUGAUCUCGACAGGUAUCUGAAGGCAGCCCAAACUCUUGUUUCGAAGCUCAAAGUGAAUGCGAACCCUGAUACCAUAUUAGAAAUACUUGAAGAUAACAUACCACUUGUGUUAGAGAACGACCAGGAAGUCGACCAAAUAAGAGACAUCGAAGCUAAACUGCAGAGGUUUUCUGUGAAGGGCCAUUACCUCCUGAAACUCAUCAAUUGCCCUCCACCCUUAAGAAACAUCAGACUUGGUCUUCUGCGGGAACCUGCAGCUGCCUGGUCGGCAUUUGUGCGGAGUGUGUGGGGCGAAGUGAGAGGGGAUGGCAUGGAGGUCGCAGUCGUCACUAAAGCCCUCUGGUCAGAACUUGGCCAAAAGGGAGUCGACUUGGAGACCAAGACAGCCGGCGACGAGGACGAGGACAGUGCCACGCUCCUCAUGGAAUGCAUGGCGCUCUGUGGGGCAUCUUGGGACACACGGGCGGAGCUCAUCACUACAGAGGAGCUUGCAGCCGCCACUCCUUUCACCUCUUUUCUGGACCUCAACGUCAUGCAGUUUGAUGGAAGAGUUAAAAAGCUGAUGAAGAAACCUGGCAGGUCUUAUAGGUCACCAGUUUACGUCAAUGGUGAUUUGUCAACACCCCUGUUUUGGGUGUACUUACCCCUGUCCCCUGCCAUCACUUCCCACACCUGUGUCCUGAGGGGAGUUCGUCUUGUUGCAUCGUGAAGGGUAACAUUGCAACAACUAAGCAAAAAAGAGGAUUUUCCGGCAAACGAAAGAACGGCAUCAUCAGUAUUAUAGCAACUUCAAUUCUAGCAAGAGAUAAUUUUAUCUGGAUAAGUAUAGCAGUAUUGUAACUCUGCUUUGAUCAGCAGACAGAUUAUAUUGUUAUUAUUUUCCGCCUUGGAAUAUCAUAUAAUACGUGUUGCCAAAUUUACAGCAUUCGCAUUUUAUUUUAUUUGUUAAUAGUG